AUGCAACGAAACACCCCUUCAGUGCAGCAGGAGUCUGAAGGAGGGGAAAGCAGGGAGAGAGGCGGGGAGAGGAGGAGAGGAAGCAAGGAGAGGAGGAGGGAGAGAGGGGAGGAUGAGGAGAGGGGCAGAAAGAGGAGCAGGGAGAGGGGGGAGGAGAAGGGAGAAGAGGGGAGGCCGUAUGGUUUGAAUGAAGGGGAGGAGGAGCAUGUGGAGGGAGACGAAGCAGGGAGGAUGAGAAGGAAGCGACCGAUUGGCGAGAGGCUCAACUUCUCUGCUGCCAGGGAGGGUGAAGGGGGCAGCAACUUUCAGCAGAAACAGUCGGAGGGACGGUGGCAGGGAGGAAGGGAGGGACACAUGGGGGUGAGGGGAGAGGAGAGGGGAGCAAGGGAAUGGGGAGAGAGAGGAGGAGGCAGAGGAGGGAUGGGGGGGAGGGGUGGGGGACCAUGGCAGGGGAGGGGAAGGGGAUCACGAGGUGAUUGGGAUGGGGAUGGGGAUAGGGAUGGGGAUAGGGAUGAUCGUGAUGGUGAUUGGGGGAGUGGAGAGGAGGGGAGUGCUGCAGCAGGUGAUAGAGCACGGGAGUAUCGAAGAGGGGAUGGUACUGGGGGAAGAAUAGGUAAGGGUAAAAAUCGGUACCGAGGGGAGAGUGAGGGAGAGGAGGACAAGGAGGUGGAAGGGAGAGGGAGGUCCCGGGCUGCUAAGGAGUAUGGUUAUAACGAGGAUGAGGAAAGCGGUGGGAGGAGGAGGAGGAGGCAUAGGUUCAAGGAUCAAGAAGAGGAGGAGGGGGGGAGGUGGGAGAGAGGAUCAAGAGGGAUGCAGAAGGAGGAAUGGGAAGAGGAAGGGGAUGAUGAUAAUGGGGUGGGGGAAAAAGCAGGAGCACGAGGGAAGGAGAGGAAGAGAAGGGGGCGGAGCAAGGGGGUGGGAGAGGGGGAGUGGGAAGAGGAUGCGGUGGAUGGUGCUGCUGCUGUUGGUGCUGUCGAGGAUGGGAAGCAGGAGAAGAAAAAGAAGCUAAAACGAGCGCGGAAAUAUGAAAAUGGUGGUGAUGGGGGAAGAGGUGGGAUGGGUGGGGGGGAUGAUGUGCUGGGAGUGAAUCGCGACGCGACGCACGCGGAGAUUCGCAAGGCGUAUCACCGCAUGGCGCUUCGGCUGCAUCCCGACAAGAACCCGGGCGAUGCGACGGCCAAGGAACGCUUUCAAGCGCUGCUGCGGGUGUUUGCAGUGUUGGGGGACGCUGAGAGGCGGAAGGUGUAUGACGAGACUGGCUGCACCGGCGAUGGGGACGGCGAGGAUGGCACUGGUCUCUCGGGCAACACAGUUGCAGACCUUUACAAGUUCUUCCGAACAAUGUACAGUGAGAUCACAGUUGCCGACAUUGUGGCAUUCGAGCAGCAGUACAGGGGUUCAGAGCAGGAGGCGAAAGAAUUGAAGGAGCUAUACGAGCGAUUCAAAGGGCGGAUGGACAUGGUCCUGGAGUGCCAAAUCUGUGCACGGCCGGAGGUUGACUCGCACCGCUUCAAGGAUAUACUUGAUGCUGCUAUCGAAUCAGGCGAGCUGAAGGCUACUAAGGCGUACAAGAGAUGGGCUGCAGAAGUUGUCAAGAAACCUGCUCCUGCCGACCCUCUUGCUGCGGAGUAA